GACAUCAAAGGACCGGUGACCAACAUGACGAUUGACGUGUUUCUUUCGCCUGUUGCCUAACUUGGUACUGUUAGGUAAAUGGGGGACAUGCUAAUAAGCCUGUAAUUCUUUAAAUGAUCUCGCAUUACCUUAAAAAAUGCAUUACCUUAAUACCUUAGAUGGGACCAGAUUUUCGACCACUGCGUCUAUGGAAUGUCCAGACCCUACAUCUGCAUAUAGAGAGCUCCUGCCUGAUAGAUACUUCCAAACUAUCAUGAAAGCUUCUAAAUCCAGGAGGUGUAAUGCAACAUGAGGCUGGCCAACUUGAAGGAAAACCGAACACAAACAACAAGAUCUUGGGCACAAUUAUUCUAUGUUCUGUGUUUACUAUCUAUGGACUCGGGAUGCUUUCUUUGGCUUGUUUAGAACUGUAUCAGCUCCAGAAAGAAAACCACAGGCUUUGGUCAGAUCUGAAUCUUAUGAACGAAAAGAACACCCUGGACAGGAAACAAAUUGAGGCUGAGAAGGGACGGCUCCAGUUGGAAAACCAGCAGCUGAAGAGCAUGGCUACAGGGUUAGGGUUAGAGAUGAAUCAAAUGAAGAAUAGAAUUACCCAUUUACAGUCGGAACUAAGUCAAGUACAGAACAAGAGUACAAAGUUAGCUGAAGACUAUCAACAAGUGAGCGCUGAAAAUAAACUUCUCCAGUCUAACCUAACCUACUGCCAGUCAGAGAGGCAACAGAUGGAGGACGAGAAUAAAAAACUACAGUCGAGGCUGGAUGAACACUGUUCUAACAACACUUUGUUAUUGACAGAAUUGGAGAAAGAGAGGUCGAUGGCCAAAACAUUGUCUGGAAUAAAACAAAUGCUGGAAGAUCAAAACCGCCUCCUUGUGGAAAACCUCACUCGCAUUCCAUACAGAAUUGGAAUUUUAUUUGCAGAAAAUGCUUUACUUUAUUCAAAUCUCACUUCCUGUCAGUCAAAAGCACAACACUGGGAGAAGGAGAAUAGAGAUGUACGGUCACAGCUGUAUGAAACAAGCAUGAACAACACUUUGCUCAACGAAAAACUGACAGAUGCGAGGAUAACGAGAAAAAAGUUGUCAGGAGAGAAACAACAUCUCAAGGCAAAUCUUUCCCUUGUUCAAGAAUCAAGUCCAAAAGUAGCUAGGGAAAACAGUUUCCUCCAGUCAAAUCUAACUCUCUGUCGUUCGGAGAAAGAGAAGUAUCAGGUUGAAAAUGAUGAUUUACUCUUCGAGCUAAACAAAAUCUGUGCAAACAACACUUUGCUAGGAAAAGAAGUGGUUCAUGAGAAGUUGAUGGUUGAAAGGUUGGCUGGUAAAAAUCAACUGCUGGUAAAUACAAACCAACUCCUCCAGUUGAACCUUUCUUUUGUCCAUAACACAAGUGAAACAUUAUCGGUAGAAACCAGUUUUCUCAUCACAAAUCUAACUUCUUGUUUGUUGAACAAACAACACACAGCAGAAGAAAAUAAACAAUUACAGUUGAAGCUGAAUGAAACAUGUGUCAACGCAACUUUACUAAGGGGAGAAUUAGCAAACGCGAGUUCAAGGAGGGAAACUCUAUUUGAAGAAAUCCUCCUGCUCAGAGCAAACCUAACUUUGGCUCAGAACAAAAGGUUUCAUUUAUCGUCAGAAAAUAUUUCUCUCCGAUCCAUUUUAACGUCAUGCCACUCUGAACAGCAAGUGAAGGAGGUUGAGAACAGAAAUCUGCAUUUGAAACUGAAAGAAACACAUGCAAACAACACUUUGCUGAAGAAGGAGUUUGACAAGGAGAAGUUGAAAACACAAACAUUAUCUGCAGAAAAACCACUACUGGAAAAUACAAACAAACUACUGGAGUUCAAUCUUACUCGUGUUCAAAAUACAAGGGAAAAUGUGUCUGCAGAAAAUCAGUUACUAAACUCAAAUUUACAGCAUUGUCGGUCAGAAAAUCAACUGAAAGAGCAUCAGCGGGGAAAUAUGCAGUUGGAGCUGGAUGAAACACUCACCAACAAGACUUUUCUAAGGAGAGCGUUGAACAGCCAGAUGUCCAGAAGAAAAACACUUUCUGAAGAAAACCAACUUCUUCAAACAAAUCUAACCAUUGUCCAACACCUACAGGCCAAUCUCUCUGCAGAAAAUAAUUUUCUCCGCCUGAAUUUGACGUUCUGUCUCGCAGAAAUACCACAAGAAAAGGAGCGGAAUGACAAGUUAAAGUCAAACCUCAAUGAAACACGUGUGAACAACACGUUGUUACAUAAAGAACUGGCCAGGGAGAGACUGACAACGGAAACGUUGUCUACAGAAAAACAACUACUUGAACAUACAAACAAAAUUCUCCAGUUAAAUCUGACGGUAACACAGAACACCAGUGAAAAUCUGAAUGCAGAAAGGUAUAUUCUCCGCUCAAAUCUCACUUCUUGUCAGACCAAGAAAGAACACAGACAGAAAGAGAACAGAAAUCUACGUCAGAAGCUGAAUGAAACAUGGGCAAAUAACACUGUGCUUAAAGAAGAACUGUCGAUGCAGAGGUCAAAGGUGGAAACUGCUUUGGCACGGAAUCAACUUCUCAAGUCAAAUCUAACCCUUGUCCAAGUCACAUGGGCAAAUAUAUCGGCAGAAAAUCGUUUACUUCAGUCAAGUCUUACGUCCUGCCAGUCAGAGAGACGAGCGUUAGAGGACGAGAGAAUACGGCUGCUGUUAAAGAGGGCAAAGAAACUGCUCCAAGAAAUUAAACGGGUUCUUUUGUUAAAUAUAUCUGUUUCCCAGAACAGAUGUGCAAAUCUAUCUGCAGAAAACAGUUUUCUCCUCACAAACCUUAACGUUUGCCAGUCAGAAAAACAACAUUUGGAGGAUCAGAAUAGAAUCUUACAAUUGAGGCUGAACCAAACAAAGACAAGCGUGACGUUGGUGAUAGAAGAAUGGACAAACGUGAUGUUGAAGAAGGAAAUGUUACUUACAGAUAUCCCACUCCUCAGGAAUGAUGUGCUGCUUGGCCAGAACUCGAGCACAUAUCUCCUUGCAGCAAUUGCUCUUCUGAAAUCCAAUCUUAGUUCCUGUGAGGCCAACAGAACAAUGUUGGUUGAAAGAAAUCAACUUGCAAUAAUUGAAAAGACUUUACUCCUCACAAAUAUUACUGACUGCUUAUCAGAAAAACACCAGGAGAAGAACAAGAUAAGGAAUCUGUGGUUAGAGCUGAAUGAAACACACGUGAAUAUGACUUUGCUGGAAGGUGAGUUGACCAAGGAGGCUUCAGUGAAAGACAGGUUAGCUGCAGAAAUCUCAGCUCUUCAAGACAACAUAACCCAAGCAGAGAACAUGACUCACGAGUUGUCCCUUAAAGAACUGUUGUUCCAGUCAACUUUACGUGACUGUGAAGAAAACAAUUUGAAGUUAGACCAAGCAUAUCUACAAGCACAGCAUAAAAUUGAAUAUCUCCAGGUGCAUAUGAACUAUGUCCUCAAUUUGACCGCCCCUUUAAAGAAGACCAUUGGAAUCCACAAGGCCAAAAUCUCUGCUAUCCAGGCAAAUCUGUCAUUGGUUCUUUUAGAAAAGCGAAAGCUCCUUACAAUUCUACAUUCUCCCAGGCUGCGCAUUGACAGAUUCUGUAAUUUGGACACACUGCAGUGUUUAAGUUGCCCAGUUGGCUGGAAGCAGUUUAACUCGCGAUGUUACAACAUCACAGAACACGUCACAAGAUGGAAAAAGGCACGUUCCAUAUGCCUGGGUAAAGGUAGUGAUCUUGCUGUUGUUCGAAAUCUUCCAGAACAAAUUUUUUUAGUAAGUUUUGUCAAUAACUACAACAUCCAAUACCUAUUCAGUGACCAAAUAUAUGAAGGAUCGUGGGUUGGGUUGAUUGACUCGGUACGUGAGGGUAAAUUUAUAUGGAUUGACAACAGAGACACUGCGUUUUCAUACUGGACAGAAGGCAACCCCAACAACAUGAUAACGAGUUGGGAUGUAGGGAAUGAUGGGCAGGACUGUGCUGUUUUUGUCCCCACAAAGAAUAUGAGUCUAUAUAAUUGGGAUGACUCACAAUGUCGUAAUCAUAGAUCCUACAUAUGUGAGGCUAAGGCGUUUAUAAUAAAUCCUUUUGAUCCAAAGGACAGCUAGAGGCCCUCCCUUCUUGCCGUCGAGUGUUUGACCUAAUCUGACCCAUUGCACAUUCUUCUCAAAUGCAAAUGUAUAGUCUUUUAUUUCAUUGUAUUCCAUGAUGUUCUCAACACCAUUGAACAAAUAAAGUACAUGAUUGUUAUUUUUCAUAAGAUUUCAAUCAUUUUUGAAUCACGUGCUUUUACUACUCAACUGUCGUUUCUGCUGACCUUCAACCUACUGUGUUCGUCAGCAGGGAUUCUACCAGCUCAGUUAUUAGUUGACAUCAGUUGCAGGUGUACUGCAUUAUUAUGUACUUGUCUACAAGAGCUACCAACUUCUCAAAAGCUUCUCAAACACCACUUUCAAAUAGUGGACUCACCGAUUAAAUGAAAAAUUGUUUUGGACACUACUCCAGCAUGCAGUUAUUUUAUCAUUACUG